UUAGUCGUACGUGUAUGGUACGCAAAUUUUUUCCGUAAAACCCUCUGUCGAGUCUCUGCGAAACCCUCAUCGCCUUCUUGAACGAACGAACCCACGCGAUGCAGUUGCUAGCGUUCGCUGGGAAGGCCUCAAGGGAUAGCGGCGUUGCCUAACGAAACUUCCUUCUUCUCUGCGGCUUUAUUUUGUCCAUAAUGACGGCCUGGCAAGAUUUGGCCUAAAUCCAGGUUAAAUCAUGGUCUAAAUCCUUUGCCAGAGAGCCCCUUCAUCUCUUCUUCGUAAUUGAAAACGGCGGGAGUUCGGUUUCAGGCAGGUUUUGAUGACGAUGUUUUGGAUGGUUUUCUUGUUUUUCUUGUGGGAGAGUGGAAGACUUGCUUGCAGGUAGCCGUUUUACGCAGUGUGAUUAAUCAAUGGAAAGCGGUCUGCGUGGUGAGCGGAGAUUUAUGGGAACUUUUCUUGGUCGGUUCGUCCUGCCUCUGCUGCUUUUAGGAGCUUCUUUACUUGACUGGAGUUUGAUUUCGCUUAUCAAUUUGUUGAUCUUUUUGGCUAUUCAGUUGAGCGCAACAAACAGAGGAUCCAACUUCUGGAGGGUGUAUAUUUUAUCAUGGUGUACAAUAUUUUUUUCAUUGACUGCUAUAGUAGCUCAGAUCGUUUUCAGUAUUAUUUGGUGCAUUGAAGGAAACGAUUGGAAGGUAGCUGAUAAUUGGUGGGCAAAGUUAAUCGGUUUUGUGAGGAUUCAACCAUUGGGAUCAAGAUCCGUAAUUUUUUUUAUAAUCAUACAAAUGUCUGUUGGGCUUAUUGCUUUUGUUGAAGUUCAUGGAAACAAUUAUGAUCAAGGUUCAUGCUGGUCAAACUUCUCAUCAGCUGUUGAGCAAAUAGGUUCUUCUAUGAGGAUUGCAUGCUGCUUAUUACUGCCAGCCAUCCAGCUAGUUGUUGGAAUCAGCCACCCCUCGUGGAUUUCUCUUCCAUUCUUUCUUUGUAGCUGUGUUGGUCUUGUUGAUUGGUCCCUAACAAGCAACUUUCUUGGACUUUUUCGGUGGUGGAGACUUCUUCUAGUUUAUGCGUGCUUCAGCAUUUUUCUGUUCUCUAUCUACCAGCUGCCGCUUCAGCUUCCAGCUAUGGCUAUUGCAGUCGCUGAUUUCAUUGGACUAUACAAAAUAGAUACGAACUCAGAGUUUCCAGAGCUUUGUUCUAUCAUUUCUCUUUUCAUUUUCUUUUUCAUGUUGUCAUCCAUCAAGUGCAAUUUGAAUGAAAUGGAUUCUAUUUUGAAUGUGGAAGAUAAUGCUCAUACUGAAAGACUUAUUCCUUCGAGGCACUCUUUUUUUAUUAGAGAGUUUCGAUCUGGUGUGAAACAUACAAAUGUUCUUUUGAAGGGACUUACAUUCCGGAUAUUUAGCAUCAACUUCUUCACAUAUGGGUUUCCGGUCCUUCUGAUUGCUCUCUCUCUAUGGAGCUUCAGUUUUGCCAGUAUAUGUGCUUUUGCGAUGCUAGCAUAUGUGGGCUACGUAUUAUUUACUUUUCCCUCCUUGUUCAAGUUGCAUCGUUUGAAUGGUUUACUUCUUGUAUUCAUUCUCCUUUGGGCUGUCAGUACUUACAUCUUCAAUGUUGCGUUCACAUUUCUCAACAAAGAAUUACGAAAGGAUAUGGAGAUUUGGGAGACAAUAGGAUUGUGGCGUUGCCCUAUACCUGGAUUAUUUCUAUUCGCACAGUUCUGUCUUGGGGUUUUUGUGGCCAUCUGCAAUUUAGUCAAUAAUUCUGUUUUCCUCUACCUAUCUAAUGAAGGAAGGGAGUUCUUUAAUGAAAAUAGUCCAGCUGAAGAUAAAGAAGAUACAAAAGUACUUAUUAUAGCUACGUUAGCAUGGGGCCUGCGCAAAUGCUCUCGUGCAAUUACAUUGAUACUUAUAUUUCUUCGAGCUACGAAGCCUGGUUAUAUUCAUGCUGUUUACAUGUGCUUCUUUUUGUUGUACUUGCUGAGCCAUUCAAUCACCGGAAAGAUUCACCAGGUUUUAAUUCUCUUUUGUGGGGCACACUUUUCUCUAUUGUAUCUCUUGCGACUGGAACUAAUCUCAAAGACUUUGGAGAAACCGGGUUCUGUUACCAUUUCAAUUCUGUCGCAGUUAGGAAUCACAACCCAUACUUCUUCCGGGGAUUUUACAGAGAUCAGCAUACUGCUAUGCUUUUGUGCUAUCCAACACCAUGGACUGAAGAUGCUUGUGUCUUUAUCUUCAAUUGUGCAACAUACUCCUCAUCCCCCUUUUGGUUUUAGCAUCUUGAAGGCUGGUUUAAAUAAAUCUAUUUUAUUAUCAGUUUAUGCAUCACGAACCUCCUGGGAUAGUUCAUCUGUUGGUAACACACGUGAAAAGCUUAUAGCUUCUUACUUGAGUAAAGUUGGUCAGAAAUGCUUGUCCACUUAUCGUUCCUAUGGAACCUAUGUGGUUUUCUUGACAGUCCUUCUAACAUUGUAUCUUGUUAGACCGAACUACAUAUCAUUCGGCUACCUCUUUUUCCUUCUCCUUUGGAUAAUAGGACGGCAACUUGUUGGGCAAACCAGAAGACGUCUCUGGUUUCCUUUAAAAGUAUACUCAACCAUUGUGUUUGUUUUUACUUACAUCUUGAGCACUUCAAAAAGUCUUGAGAGUUAUUUAUCAAAAUGGAUUGAUCUUUAUGCAUAUCUGGGAUACAGUCCCGAGUCAUCUUUGCCGAGGAAUAUUUGGGAGUCUUUAGCUGUUUUGAUUGUAAUGCAGUUUCACAGCUAUGAAAGAAGGCGGAGCCGUUGCAAUGUGAUAUUUGAGAUAUCAGAUGCAUCCCAGAAAGGAUUUCUUGGUUUUAUGAGAAGAUUCCUGAUAUGGCAUUGUGAAAAGAUUUUGUCUGUGGCAGUUUUUUAUGCUGCUUUAUCUCCUAUUAGUGCAUUUGGAUUUCUUUAUCUUUUGUUUCUCAUCAUUUGUUCCAUUUUACCUAAGACCUCUCGGAUUCCAUCCAAGCUGGUCUUAGUCUAUUCAGGACUUCUUGUGAUGUAUGAGUAUCUGUUCCAGUUGUGGGGCAAGGAAGCACAUAUGUUCCCAGGCCAGAAGCUCUAUGGUUUAUCACUUUUUCUUGGUCUGAGAUCAUUUAAACCAGGAUUUUGGGGGCUUGAGUCUGGUUUGAGAGGAAAGAUUAUGGUAAUAGUUACUUGUAUCCUUCAGUACAAUGUUUUCCACUGGCAAGAGAAAAUGCCAAGCUGCCAAGUAAAUAGUGGGAAGUGGGAUGAACCUUGCCAGUUGUUUAUCACAAAUGAACAUGAUUCGGAAGAUUACCUCUAUCAUGAUGAAGAAAAGACACCAUUGCUUGGUAGCAGUACUCUUUUUUCAAAAAAUGGCGGUGUUGCUGCUAAAUCAAUUCCUUUUGUCAGCUCCAAAAGCUAUGAAACUUCAGAUCCAGGUCCUAGCAUGAGAAGUUCAACUACUGCCACAAAAAGAUAUUCACUUGGUUUUCUAUGGGGCAGUUCAAAAGAGAGUCAUAAAUGGAACAAGAAAAUUAUUCUUGCUUUGAGAAAGGAGAGACUUGAGAUGCAGAAAAUUACCUUGAUUAUAUAUACCAAGUUUUGGAUUGAAAAUAUUUUCAGACAUCAUGGUCUUGAAAUCAAUAUGAUUGUAUUGCUUGUGGCAAGUUUUACAGCGUUAAAUGUCAUCUCAAUGUUUUAUAUAGCAUGUCUUGUCACAUGCAUCUUUCUGAAACGAGAUGCCAUCCGAAAAUUGUGGCCCAUAUUUGUUUUAGCAUUCGCUUCUAUUCUUGUGCUCGAAUAUUUUGCAUUUUGGAAAAAAAAUAUUCUUUGGAUUCAUUUUCCAACGGAUGCAAAUGUCCAUUGUCAUGAUUGCUGGAGUAACUCUAGUCUUUAUUUUGACUAUUGCACAAAAUGUUGGCUUGGGAUAGUCGUUGAUGAUCCAGGAAUGCUUGUCAGCUAUUAUUUGGUAUUUAUUUUCUCUUCUCUUAAGCUCCGUUCAGAUCGUUUGAAUGGCUUUUCAGAGUCGCAUACCUAUCACCAGAUGAUGUCUCAAAGAAAAAAUGCAUCAGUUUGGAGAGACCUAUCAUUUGAAACUAGAAGUUUCUGGACUUUCCUUGAUUAUAUAAGGUUAUAUUUAUACUGUCAUUUGUUAGACAUUGUUCUUGCUUUGAUUCUAAUUACUGGAACAAUGGAAUAUGAUAUACUUCACCUCGGCUAUCUUGGAUUUGCUCUUGUUUACUUCCGGAUGAGGCUUGAAAUAUUGAAAAAGAAGAACCAAAUUUUCAGAUAUGUGCGUAUUUAUAAUUUUAUUCUUGUUGUUCUUUCGUUGGCUUAUCAAUCUCCUUUCUUUGGGGAUUUUAGUUCUGGUAAAUGUGGCACUGUGGACUAUAUUUAUGAGGUUAUUGGUUUUUAUAAAUAUGAUUACGGGUUUAAAAUUAAAUCACGGUCUGCACUGGUUGAAAUAAUAAUUUUUCUCCUGGUUUCCAUGCAAUCAUACAUUUUCUGCUCCAAAGAAUUUGAAGACAUUGCAAGGUACCUUGAAGCGGAGCAAAUUGGCGCUAUGGUACGUGAACAAGAAAAAAGGGCUGCACGGAAAGCUGCUCGGUUGCAGGAUUUUCAUAAAUCUGAGGAGGAUAAGCAUCAUCGCAAUGUGCAAGUGGAAAAAAUGAAGUCAGAGAUGCUUAAUUUGCAAACCCAUCUUAAAAUUAUGAACUCUUCAGGGGAUUUUCCUGAUGUUUCUGUUCCUGCAUAUAAUGAGGGCCUACGCCAAAGGAGAUGUUUUUCUCAGAGUAUUGCCAAUAGUGAUAAUGUGCUGGAUAAAUCGACCAUGCAGGUUCAUGAAGGAUCAGAAAGUUCCUUUAAUUUUCCAACAUCUAAUGAAUUGAAGAAUGCUUCGCUGCCUUCAGUAGCUUUAGAUCUAGAAGGUUCACCCGUCAGUGCAAGGGGCCAUAGCUCAUUGACAAUGGAAUUGUUGAAAGUUCCUUCAAAAUCUGUUUCUGAUAUAAGUGAACUCCCUGAAAGAUAUGCUAAUAUUGAAACUUCUGCUGAUAAAAGCACAAAAAGGAAGGGUGUAGAAAAUCCAUUAGUUUCUGCUGUGCAGCUCUUUGGUGAUGGUGUUUCUCAAGUCCAGUCCCUUGGAAAUCAAGCGGUCACAAAUAUAGCAAGUUUCUUAAACAUUAAGCCUGACGAAAAUGAUUCAAAUGGCCAUUCUUCUCCAGAAGAUGGGAUCUAUCAUGAAAUAGAGAGCCGGGAAAAUGCAGUAUCCGGGUAUUUAGCUAGAUCCAUUUCUGCUAGCUCUAACUCUGACUCAACUCCACCAGCUAGCUUGCAGAUCCGAAGAAUAAUUCGUUAUAUAUGGUCACAAAUGAGAUCAAAUAAUGAUAUUGUGUGCUAUUGCUCUUUCAUUCUUGUGUUCCUUUGGAAUUUCAGUUUACUCUCUAUGCUCUACCUCGCAGCACUUUUCCUAUAUGCUCUUUGUGUUAAUUCAGGUCCUAAUUAUAUAUUUUGGGUGGUUAUGCUUAUUUACACAGAAAUCAAUAUACUUCUUCAGUACUUUUAUCAGAUUAUCAUCCAGCAUUGUGGCUUGAGUAUUCACAUAGAAUUAUUGCAAAUGUUGGGAUUUGCUGAGAACAAGAUAAAAGCUUCUUUUGUAAUAAGCACCCUUCCACUUUUCCUGGUGUAUGUUUCAACCCUUCUUCAGAGUUCAAUAACUGCUAACGAUGGGGAGUGGGCACCGAUAACGGAGUUUAAGUUUCUACAUAGGAGACAGCAUUAUACAGAAGAAACAACUGUUAGCUAUAGUCUUAGAGACAAACUUAAGCACUUAUUCUUUCCAUUAAUAAACCUUGCUAAACUAAUAGCAAGAAGUUUUUCAAGAUACUGGAUGUCUCUGACAAGAGGAUCUGAAUCACCUCCAUAUUUUGUGCAAUUGUCAAUGAUGGUUAAUAAGUGGCCAGAGGAUGGUAUUCAGCCGCAGAAGAUAGAAUCAGUAAUAAAUAAGUUGCUCAAGAUAGCGCAUGAAGACAAAUGCAAAUCUUAUAUUCCUAAUUCAUGUCAUUCUACUAGCAGGGUACAAAUCCAAAGCAUCGUGAGAAGUCAAGAAGAUUUAGAUGUUGCUAUUGUUAUUCUUGAGGUUUUGCAUGCUUCCCCUUUAGCAGAAUGUCCUGCGGCUGAGUGGCAUUGGUCACUGACUCCAGCUUCAGAUGUUGCCACAGAGCUUCUUUUGGCACAGAGUGCAGGAAUUUUUGAGGAGAUUGGUUUUCCAUAUCCUGUUAUCUCAGUAAUUGGAGGUGGAAAGAAAGAAAUUGAUCUUUAUGCAUACAUAUUUGGUGUAGACUUGGCUGUUUUCUUCCUAGUCGCUAUUUUCUACCAAUCUGUUAUAAAAAAUAUAAACAAAUUUCUUGAUGUUUAUCAACUAGAGGAUCAAUUUCCCAAAGAGUUUGUUUUCAUUUUAAUGGUUCUCUUUUUUCUAAUCAUACUCGAUCGCAUCAUAUACUUGUGCUCUUUCGCCAGAGCAAGGGUCAUUUUAUAUCUUUUCAAUAUAUUCCUCUUUACAUACUCGGUCACUGAAUAUGCUUGGUACACGAAACCAUCCCACCGGUGCAUUGGAGGUUUUGCUCUUCGUGCCAUUUAUCUCACAAAAGCAGUUUCCUUAGCCCUGCAAGCCGUGCAAAUUCGUUGUGGGAUUCCUAAUAAAAGUACUUUGCAUCGGCAGUUUUUGACUCGUAAGGUUUCACAAAUUAAAUAUUUAGGCUUUCGACUCUAUCGUGCGCUUCCCUUUCUAUAUGAAUUGAGAUGUGGACUAGACUGGUCUUGUACAACUACUUCUUUGACGAUGUAUGAUUGGCUGAAGUUGGAAGACAUUUACUCAAGUUUAUUUCUUGUCCAAUGCGAUGCUAUUUUAAAUAGAGCCUCUCAUAAACAAGGACAAAGGCAGAGCAAGAUGACAAAGUUUUGUAGUGGGAUAUGCUUGUUCUUCAUAUUGAUAUGUAUCAUUUGGGCCCCUAUGUUGAUUUAUAGCAGUGGUAAUCCAACAAAUAUUGCAAAUCCUGUUACAUAUGUAAGUGUACAGAUUGAUAUUCAAGCAAAUGUUGGAAGGCUAACUCCAUUCCAGACUAGUCUUUGUGAGAUACUUCCGUAUCAAUCUUUGGAGUUUUUUGAUAAGCCUUACUUGUACACUUACAAUGUACAAGACAUACAGUUGAUCUGUUGCGAGUCUGAUGCCAGCACGAUGUGGCUGGUUCCUCCUGUGGUUCAACAGAGAUAUAUCAGAUCUCUGAACAGUAGCUUGCAGUUUAUUUUUACUUGGGUUUUUAUGAGAGAGAGGCCUAAAGGAAAAGAAGCUGUUAAAUUUGAAUCCUCUGUCGAACAAAGCGCAGAUGAAUUAAAGGAAGUUCUCAAUGGAACAGGCGGAAGUAUUAGACUACUGAAUGCAUAUCCUAGAUACUUCCGAGUUACCAGCUCCGGUGAAGUGCGGCGCCUUGAGCAAACUGACAUUUCUGUGGGCGGGGAUCUUUUUCUCAACCGUGGAGAUUCAUCAUGGUGGUCAUUUCAUGAUGCCGAUGCCUUAGACAAAGCGGAAUGUGGAGGGAUGAGUGGACCAAUUGCUAUAGUUGUUUCUGAGGAGAGCCCACAGGGCAUUAUUGGUGAAACACUAAGCAAGUUCAGUAUAUGGAGUCUCUACAUAACUUUUGUUCUAGCAGUUGGCCGGUUUAUCAGACUGCAGUUCUCUGAUUUAAGAAUGAGAAUACCUUAUGAGGAUCUCCCAUCUUGUGACAGGCUGAUUGCAAUCUGCGAGGGCAUAUAUGCUGCACGUGCGGAAGGUGAGCUGGAGGUGGAAGAAGUUCUUUAUUGGACACUGGUGAAGAUUUACAGAUCUCCUCACAUGCUUCUUGAAUAUACUAAAUCAGACUGAAUUUUGGGCUUUUUGAUGAUCAAAUGCUCGCAGGAUCAGAUAUAAUCAAAUAUACAAAAUCCAAGAGUAAUAAAAGAGCCAUCUUGGAAUAAUUUGGUCCGAAAGGUUGUCUUUUUUUUAGGUUGUCUU